AUGGAUCUUUUAUCAAAAGAAAGUCUAUUGACUUUACCAAUAGAAAUAAUUGAUAUUAUUAUAGAUGAUCUUAAUACAAAGGACAAACAUUCCCUUUCUCAUGUAUGUCGAACUCUACGUCAAGCAGUUAGAAUAAAUCAUUUUGGUGUGUCUAAUCCUAUAUGGAAAAAUAUAGAAUUUGACAAUUUAAAUGAGGAAUUACCAUCUAGCUUAAAUUAUCGUGACGGAGUUUACAUAGAUGGAAAAUUUUACAUUGUAGUCCUUUCAAAAUUCGGUCCCAUAUGUUGGGUUCUGGAUUUAAUUCAGAAAUAUAAUUGGAAAAAAGUAAAAGUAACAAUUUGUAUGGACAAAAUGCAAUAUAAUCCAGUAAAAUCGACUGUUGGAGCUGUUAUAAAACAUGAAGUUUACAUGUUUGGUGGAGAGUGCCUUAUUACGGGUCGUCCAACUAAAAAUCUAUAUAAAUUAGACCUUUGCACUAUGUCAUUAUUUUUAAUACCUGAAAAUGAAAAAUGUCCUUCUCCAAGAUUUAUGCAUUCACUUAAUGUUAUAGAUCAUUAUCGUUUAAUUCUAUUUGGAGGAAGAUGUAUUGCUAAUAACAAUAAAUUUUAUGAUACUAAAGAUCUUUUUAUCUAUGAUACCCGCAAGAAUAUUUGGAUUCAACAAAUUGCAUCAAACCUUCCUUACGCAAGAUCAUUUCAUAGCGUAUUCAUUCGUGGUGGUAAAUUGUAUAUCUAUGGUGGUCAACAUAUAACAAGCUCUUCUCCCGAAUCAUCAAUUCACGAUGAUGAAGAUAUUUGGGAAUAUAAUUUUUGGAAAAAUAAAUGGCGAAGGUAUAGCUCAUUUUCAAAUUUUUUUUGUCCCGAGUUUUCAACCAUUGGAAUUGGGCCUGGUAAAAGAUGUGGUGCCGCUAUUUUUCCUUUACGACGUAAAAUUGUUAUAUUGGGUGGUACGAAGAAACAAAUGUUUACGGUGUCUUCUCGUUCUCAUAAUGAAAAAAAUUUAUCAGAACAACAAAUGAUGGUGAUAUUAUGUCCAAUAAAAAGGGUAUGGGAAAAUAUUCAAAUAAAAAAUAUGCCAGAUUUAGAUUGCAUCGCAAUUAAAAUUGAUCGCGUAAGUAAUAAUAUAUUUAUAGUAGGAAAAACUUCAAACGAAAAAUUAGUUGCAGGAUGGAUAAUAUAA